UGUUUCCUGCGGAUGCCCGCAGCGGAGGAGACGGGGACAGAGACCGGAAGUGGAGUGGUUUGCGCACUAGUGGUGUUGACGUUUCGUUCUGCGUGUGUUAGAGUUAGCGCCCGCGAUGCUCUCCGACUAGACCGCAGCAUUUCAUAUCCUCGCUGCUUGGCUCGGCCUCCCCCGUAUUGAGCUGGGGAGGGGAGGGGGGAAUCAUGGCAGUCUAGAGACGGCCUCCCAGUUGUCCUCGGCGAGGCUGGAGGGGGCUGUUCUCCUGUCCGUGUCGGCUUUCCGGCAAGCCCGUCUCGGGGGUUAGCUCCUACAGUAUCUGAGCCAGCCUCCUGCUCCGCGGCUGCCUGUGCUUUUCGGCUCGCAGGUUUUAAUUACUGUGCGCGGAGCCAUGGCAACCAGGCGUCUGACUGAUGCCUUUUUGCUAAUGCGGAACAAUGCCAUCCAAAACCGACAAAUAUUGGCUGAGCAAGUGAGUACUUUCGACCCCCGUCAUUUGAACACGCGUAGCAAUGCUGCGGAGCUGGAUGAGCUCGCCGAUGACCGAAUGGCGCUGGUGUCGGGCAUCAGUCUGGACCCAGAGGCCGCCAUUGGGGUCACCAAGAGGUUGCCCCCCAAGUGGGUGGAUGGAGUGGAUGAGAUCCAGUAUGACAUCACUCGCAUCCGGCAGAAGAUGAAGGAGCUGGCCAGCCUGCACGACAAGCACAUGAACCGGCCCACGCUGGACGACAGCUGCGAGGAGGAGCACGCCAUUGAAAUCACCACGCAGGAGAUCACGCAGAUGUUCCACCGGUGCCAGCGCGCGGUGGCAGCUCUGCAGCGGCGGCGCGGGCACUGCACGGAGCAGGAGGAGCGGCUGCUGAAGAACGUCGUCUCCUCGCUGGCGCAGAGCCUGCAGGACCUCUCCACCGGCUUCCGCCACACGCAGUCCAGCUACCUCAAACGAAUGAAGAACCGGGAGGAGAGGUCCAAGCACUUCUUCGACACGUCGGGUCCGCUUGUGGAAGAUGACGACGACAACACGCUGUAUGACCGGGGCUUCACGGAUGACCAGCUGGCCCUGGUCGAACAGAACACCAUCCUGGUGGAGGAGAGGGAGAGGGAGAUCCGGCAGAUCAUCCAGUCGAUCUCCGACCUCAACGAGAUCUUCCGGGAUCUGGCUGGGAUGGUGGUGGAGCAGGGUACGGUGCUGGACAGGAUCGACUUCAACGUGGAACAAGCGUGUGUCAAAACAGACGAGGGAUUAAAACAACUCCAGAAGGCCGAGCAGUACCAAAAGAAGAACCGCAAGAUGCUUGUCAUUUUAAUCCUCUUCGUCCUUGUCGUUGUCCUUAUCCUCGUUCUGAUUGGGGUCAAGUUCACGUAAUCUGGCCGUGUGGUUUAUGUGUGUGUGUACGUGUGUGUGCGUGCGAGACGACGGCCCAGCCCUCACUCCCCCCUUGUGGAAUGUAUGUACACCCAGACUAAGAUUCUGUUGGCACACCAUCGAUGCUGUAGUCCCAGGAAUGUGUCCUGCAUGCUCCCAGUUAGAGAGGGGAUCUUUCCAGUACGUACUGUAUAUACUCACAUUGCCCCUUCGCUUUCUCUGCUUUCUCUGGCGACUGCUUGACUGCUGUAGAGCAGGCAGAACCAUUGCUGCCCCCUGUCUGUGACUCCUAGCUACUGCAGCUCUGCCGUGUGCGUUGCUUGAACCAUGAAGUGGAACGAAGUUUCAUCAACCUCCUCACUAGGGUGGAGAGAUGCACAGGUUCCGGUGGCUAACACUACAAUCUAGAAACAAUACAAACAGACCUUGUUCUGAAAGAAAACAAAGCAAAUUCUCAAAUGGAAUCUGUGAAUCCUUAGUGGCAACGCUGGCUCUGUGGCAGACAGGGGAGGUGGCCUGUGGCCGUAGUCCUGGAGUUGUCUCAGCUGGUUUUAUAGGGGGCUUCCAGUAUUCAGUGAGUAGAGACGGCACAUAAAUCUGCACCAAGCAAGCGAAUAAUUAACCAUGUUAUUCAGAGCAGAGCCAGAGAUGAAAAAUAGAGGAUCCUUUCCUUCUCAGCGUGCGGGUUGCCUGCUUGACCCAUCUCCAUGCUGCGUCGAGGACGUGGGAUGCCAGUGGACACUCUAGGCAGCACAGGGAGAGGAGACAAAGUGGGAGGAAAAAACGCCCUGCCUUUCCUGCCCGGAUCUGGCCCAGGGCUGGGGGCGAUUUCUUUAUCUUUUUUUGAAUCCUGAUUGCUGUUCCAUUUCUCAAGUCCUUCUUUUUAUUUCUACGCUCUGCUCCAAAUAUGAGCCCCAGCUGGGUUGGUGGUACUGGUUCCGCCCAGGCCUUGGAAAAGUCGUCCACCCCUGACUGGGUUUCUCCCUCUGUGGGUGAUCGGCUUGGGUAUGGGCCUCUCGGAGUGGGUAAAUGUGUCGCGGUUUUUGUCUCGGACGUUGCUUGUCUUGUGGGGGGAUGUGUUGGAUCUGUUAAUGGCGGGCACUUGGUGCUUUCUCUUGCUUUUCGUUUUGAUGUUUGUUUGGUUGUUUCUGGUUUCUUUGCCGUCGUGUCCAGUUGCCCUGCCUUGCUUUCUCCUGCCACUGGCGGUGCUGUGGCGUGACAUGUGCCCGCGCCCUUCUAAUGCUUUCUGCUACAUGCGUUGUUUCUCAGUUUGUCCGUCUUGUUUUUCAGCUUUAAACUCCUGGUGCAACAUUUGAAUUAACCUGUUGACUUGUUCAGAUGACUUUCAAAAGGGGGAUGGUUUUUAGAUUUUCAAAAAGGGUUAGAUUUCAGCACUAACCCUUACCAAAUGGUUUCCAGAAGUCUCUUAAACGAAUAAGUAUUUUGUUUCAGUGAUUAUGUGCCUAGAAUGCUGGGCACAUCGUUGGGCUGUAUAAUUCAGCGUGCAUAAUUAACUGGUCACCAAUUGAACUGUUUAUACAGCUCUAGGGGUUUAUUAAACAGAGUACACCUGGGGCACAUGAAGUUCUGUUUUCUGUUUCUUGGCUCCAGUUUCCUGAGGAUGCUACUGUACUGGAAUUUAGGGUUUAAGAAUGGAAAAUAUCUAAUUGAUAAAACUGAAGUCAAGGGACCGAUUAGCAAACUAGGUUUGAGAAGAGAUGGGAUUCAGGAACCUUUUGUUAUUUUGCACAGUUGUUUCCCAUGGGUUGACCCUCUUGCUGGUAGUAAAUGAAUUUGUCUGCCUUGUAAAACACGCCUUCAGCUUGCUUGGCCUUGUCAUGCCUGGCUCUGCCUCCCCUGCACUUUUGUUUUUAACCUGCUCAAUGCCAUUGGUCCUUUCUGUCCAGUGCCCCUCCCACUUCAACAUCUCCAUAGCAACCGCAGCUCUUGCACAGAGAUUCUGAGAGCAAGUGGAUUCUGCUUGGCAAGUCUGCCUGCUCUUCUACAGAUAAUAUAAUCUAUUUAUUUGAGGUUUAAAAAGUAAAGAAAAUGAUGUAAAUGGAGACUUUUUGUUUUUGAUGUCUGUGAUCAAGUGAAAACCGACGUGUAAACAAGCACAGGGCCUAAUGUUGAGAGAGAUUUUUAUUUUAAUCUGUAUUUAAGCAUUGUUCUUUCUUAAAAGAGAAACACUACUUACAGUUAAAGAACGUGGAGUAAAAUCACCCCUGAUGUACUUAACUACAUUUUUCAUUUAGGCUCUAAAGUACAGUGUUCUAGAGACACUUAUUUGUACGGUUGCUGUGUGACAGGUGCGUUUUCCAAACAUAUUGUGGCUUAUAUCAAAGUUAUCUUCUGAUCUGUUUUUCCCUCCAGUUUCUCAAACGUGUUUUUCUGUAUCAAAGAACUUGGCAACUGAGGAUGUUUAAACUGUGGUUAAAAUGAUAAGAUUCCAUUUGACAGAUCAGAGUUCCCAGCUUCAGCCCAUUCUCUUCCCUUGUGAACAGUGCAGUGCAGUUGAUUGCAUCUUUGACCUUGGUGUUGUCUCAUUCGGCUCAAGCAAGCUCUUUGUGUCCCUGUGUUGCUGUUUGUCAGCGGAGUUCUUGUACUCUGGAGGUUUGUGAAUGUGACCAGAUGCACUUUUUUGAUAUAGACGUAAAAAGAUGGCUAAGUAGGUUGUUAAGGCUCUCGAGACGAUGCAUUGUCCGAGAUCCAUGUCUUCUGACGAGGGUACGGUUCAGUCCUUUUUAUUAUUUUUUUUUUUAAAUUAAAGUAGAAAACGAGGGACCUGCUCCUGAGUGGCUCGUACUGUAGGCACCAGGUCGGAGUGCAGGGAGAACCCCAUGGCCCAGAUGUUGCGGGUUCGAGCCAGGGCGUCACCAGCUAGAGUUUCCCCAAGCAGUGGCUGGCAGCUGGGAGAGCGCUGGCGGGGCAGGGUGGGGGUUAGUAGGGCCCGGCGCCCUGGUCGGCCUGCGACAGCCGUGACCUGCUGGGCGACAGCGACCCCGCAGGGAGAUCCGGAGAUCGGUGUUCGCCCCGUCUCACCCCUGGCCCGGGAACCAGCGAUGUCUGAGCUUUGGGGUUCGCCCCACACUUGGAGCGAUUGCCUGUAGGGGGUCGUGCCACUCCGGACCACCUGGGAGAGGGCCCAGGGAGGCCAGGGCUGGGCACCUCCCUCGGCUUAUUGUUCCAGUGAACGAGGUCAGACUGCUUUCCAGAUGCAAGCCACGGGGACGGUUUUUAAGGUCUGGGCAAAUUCAGCCUAGCCUGUGCUCUGUAAUUCCACGUGUGCAUGUUGAAAACGGUUCUACCCACCCCGACAAAUAAUGUAUUGUGGCGCAGGGCUUGGGGCUGUCUCCCGUUUCUGCAGAGGUGUGGCCAACCCUGAGCCGAGAAAAGCUUUAAUCAUGAGUUCCAGCCUUUUGGCUGCACGCUGCCCCCCUCACGCGGGACGUUGUCACCAAAGUCACUGACAUUUCCGUGAACAAUACAUGCUGAUGUGCAGACUGUUUUUACUUCUAUAUACAAAAUGUAAAUAAAUUUUAAAACCUGCUGAAAUUAAAAAAAAAAAAAUCGACCUGUCCUUUCUUUACCUUCGUCUAACACACCGCCUCUGAACGCAGUCUUGGGUCGGACCAGAGAAGGGCUUGGGCGCUCUGAUUUGGAUCUGGGAAGGGUAACAAUUGUAGUCCGUUGCCCCAGUCCAGUUGCUGUGCCUGGUGUCGCUGUGCAGCAGCAAACAGAAGUUUUUUUUUUUUUUUUAAACGGCGUGUUCAUUUUGUUUUGUUUCCGCUGUGAAGCAACACAAGAUCUCGUCUGCCUCGUCAAAACUGUAAAGUUGUCGUCGUGCGUUCUGUAAGAAGGCUGGGUGUUGAGCUCAUUUAAUUCCCCUGAAAACUACUGUAUUCAUUUCUUUCGCGAAGUGAUUUUUUUGUGUGACGAGGUAUAUAAUGCAGUUUGAAAAUCUUUUGGUUGUCCUUGUGUCUGGGCAAGUGAGAGGAGUUACAGAAGUCGGGAAACAGAACAUCGUGCAAAAUAGUUGGUGCAUAUUAUAAACCAUUGUGAACCCAACUGGACUGAAAAAAAAUAAAUUUGCUUUUUUCA